AUGGCCCAGAAGGAUGAGGAGCCUGAGAUUGCUCAGCCAAGCUCCUCCCCUCGUGAAUCGGAAAAUUCACGAUCGAGCUCCGAAGAAGUCCCCGAGACCGAGAAAGAUGUAUUCGAGCACAUUCGCGCUGAAGACCGCCAGGAGCUUUCUCGCAUUGCGUCCGAGUUCCCCCGGCACCGUGCUACUGACUCAGGUGUUGGAGGAAUGGAGGACAUGGAGCGUAAGGAUACACUGGCCGAUCUCGAGCUAGACGACCCGGUCCUAGACCCUACGGGCGACCAGUUCGAACACUAUAAAUGGGCUCGCAUGAUGCUCAAGUUGAUGGAUAAGGAGGGUGUUCCUCUGCGAAAAUCGACCGGCGUGGUGUGGGAAAACCUCAACAUCUCCGGCUCAGGUUCCGCACUACAGUAUCAGAACAACGUCGGCUCGGUCCCUCUGGCUCCCUUCAGACCGCAGGAGUACAUUUCAUGCGGAAAACGUGUACAACAAAAGCACAUUCUCCGAGACUUUGACGGCGUCCUCAAAAGUGGCGAGCUGCUUAUUGUACUCGGCCGGCCUGGAAGUGGCUGCUCUACCUUCCUCAAGUCCUUAUCUGGUGAACUCCAUGGGCUGAAAGUUGGAAAGGGCUCGGACAUUCAGUUCAAUGGUAUAUCCAUGGAAAAGAUGCACAAGGAGUUCAGGGGCGAAGUUCUUUACAACCAAGAAGUUGAUAAGCAUUUCCCACAUCUUACGGUGGGCCAGACGCUUGAAUUUGCCGCAGCUGCUAGAACCCCAGAGAACCGUCUCAAUGGAAUCAGCCGAACUAAGUAUGCUAAGCAUAUCACCCAAGUGGCUAUGGCUGUUUUGGGCCUGAGCCACACGUACAACACGAAAGUUGGGGACGAUUAUAUUCGCGGUGUUUCCGGAGGUGAGCGAAAGCGAGUCAGUAUUGCUGAGAUGGCCUUGUCAGGAGCUCCAGUCGGCGCCUGGGAUAACAGCACUCGAGGCCUUGAUUCAGCCAGUGCCCUCGAAUUUGCCAAGUCUCUGCGAGUUUCUGCAAACCUGACGGGCGCGUGUCAUUCCGUCGCAAUCUAUCAGGCCUCCCAAGCAAUCUACGACGUAUUCAAUAAGGUCAUCGUGCUUUACGAAGGUCGGGAGAUAUUCUUCGGCCCCGUUGGUGAGGCCAAAGAAUACUUCAUUGACAUGGGCUGGGAGUGUCCGUCCCGUCAGACAACCGGUGACUUUUUGACUUCGGUUACCAAUCCCCAAGAGCGAACGGCUCUUGAAGGUAUGGAGAACAAGGUUCCACGCACACCGGAUGAGUUUGCGGCCUACUGGAAAAAGAGCUCUCACUACGCCAACCUUCAGAAGGAGAUCGCGCAGUAUCGAGAGGAGUAUCCAUUGGGAGGCGCUGCUGGGCAAGAAUUUGACGAGACGAAGAGACUGCGUCAGGCAAAGCAUGUCCGUCCGAAAAGCCCCUAUGUCAUUUCUAUCCCGAUGCAAGUCCGGCUUUGUGUAAAGCGAGCUUACCAGCGCAUCUGGAAUGACAAACCCUCUACACUGACUACAGUCAUUGGGCGUAUCAUUAUGGCCCUCGUCAUCGGUUCAAUCUACUUUGGGACACCUAAUGCGUCGGCCGGCUUCCAGAGCAAAGGCGCUGCUCUUUUCUUUUCCGUCUUGUUGAAUGCUCUGAUUAGUAUUACCGAAAUAAACUCACUUUACGACCAACGACCCAUCAUUGAAAAACAGGCUUCUUAUGCAUUUGUCCAUCCAUUUACAGAGGCUUUGGCUGGAAUUGUCGCGGAUAUACCAGUCAAAUUAUUCGCUGCGGUGAUCUUCAACGUCAUCUUCUACUUCUUGGCUAGCCUGAGAUAUGAGCCCUCUCAAUUCUUCAUCUUCUUCCUGUUCACAUUUCUCAGUACUCUGACAAUGUCAGGCGUCUUCCGAACUCUAGCCGCCUCCACCAAGACCCUUGCACAAGCCAUGUCUAUGGCAGGCGUCAUAGUCCUGGCUAUCGUCAUUUACACCGGUUUCGUGAUCACUGCACCCGAAAUGUCCAAAAUCCCAUGGUUUAGCUGGAUUCGCUGGAUUAACCCGAUAUUCUACACUUUUGAAGCCAUUAUUGCUAACGAGUUCCACGGUCGUCGGUUUGAAUGCUCUCAAUUCAUCCCUGGGUAUCCGAGUCUGUCGGGUGACUCCUUCAUUUGUUCUGUUCGUGGUGCUGUUGCCGGUGAAAGAACUGUUUCAGGUGACGCCUACAUUGAGACGCAGUACCACUAUUCCUAUGCGCAUGAGUGGCGGAACCUUGGUAUCCUGAUUGGAUUUUGGAUUUUCUUCACGGCAUUGUAUCUCAUUGCCUCAGAACUCAAUUCUGCGACUUCAUCGAAGGCUGAGUUUCUGGUUUUCCGGAGAGGCCAUGUUCCUGCUCAUAUGCGUCAACUUGGAAAAUCUGGGGAUGAUGCAAAAGCGGCAGAGGUCACCCCAGCUCCUAAAAGUUCUGAAAAUGAGAAAGAUACUUCGGCUAUCCCAUCCCAGCAUGACAUUUUUACUUGGCAAAAUGUUUGCUAUGAUAUUCCCGUCAAAGGAGGCGAGCGACGACUUUUGGACAACGUCUCUGGAUGGGUCAAGCCUGGCACCCUGACUGCCUUGAUGGGUGUAUCCGGUGCUGGAAAGACAACUUUGCUCGAUGUCCUGGCCAAACGUGUCUCUAUUGGUGUUGUUACUGGUGAUAUGCUUGUCAAUGGUAAGCCUUUGGAUACCAGUUUCCAGAGAAAGACAGGCUACGUUCAGCAGCAAGAUCUCCACCUUUCGACGACGACUGUUCGAGAGGCUCUGCGAUUCAGUGCCAUGCUACGCCAGCCCAAAUCGACCUCACAGAAGGAAAAGUACCAAUAUGUUGAGGAUGUGGUUGAUAUGCUCGGUAUGCAAGACUUUGCAGACGCAGUUGUCGGCACGCCUGGAGAGGGGUUGAAUGUCGAGCAGAGGAAGCUGUUGACUAUCGGCGUUGAGCUGGCUGCCAAACCUGCCCUUCUCAUUUUCCUUGAUGAGCCCACUAGUGGACUCGACUCUCAGAGCUCCUGGGCUAUCUGCUCUUUCUUGCGGAAGCUGGCCGAGCAUGGUCAGGCUGUGCUUUCAACUAUCCAUCAACCGAGCGCUUUACUGUUCCAACAAUUUGAUCGACUGCUUUUCCUCGCCAAGGGAGGCAAGACGGUUUACUUUGGGGGGAUUGGAGACCAAUCGCGAACACUCUUGGAUUACUUUGAAGGUAACGGAGCAAGAGUUUGUAGUUCACAAGAAAACCCUGCGGAAUACAUGCUAGAGAUCAUUGGCGCCGGUGCGUCUGGCCAUGCCACGAAGGACUGGUCCACAGUAUGGAAAGAGAGCCAGCAAUCUAAGGACGUGCAGACUGAGAUUACUCGUAUUCACGAUGACCGCGCUUCAGCUGGCAGUUCCCAAGAAGGCGAGGCUCAGGUCGGCGAAUAUGCGAUGCCAUUCAUGACCCAGCUUUGGUGCGUGACACAUCGCUCAUUUCAAGGGUUCUGGCGCGAGCCAUCCUAUGUUUGGGCGAAGAUUAUGCUAGCCACUCUAUCAUCUCUUUUUAUUGGCUUCACUUUCUGGAGACCCGAUAAUUCGCUGCAGGGAUUCCAGGAUGUGAUUUUCAGUGCUUUCAUGAUGUGUUCAAUUUUUUCAACGCUUGUGCAGCAAAUCAUGCCCAAAUUCGUCGUUCAACGCUCUCUCUAUGAAGUGCGCGAGAGGCCCUCUAAAGCCUAUUCCUGGGCCGCAUUCCUCAUUUCCAAUGUCAUUGUCGAGAUUCCGUAUCAGGUCUUCGCUGGUGUCAUCGCUUGGGCAUGCUACUACUACCCAGUAUUCGAAGCCAACCAAGCAUCGCAUCGCCAGGGUCUUAUGCUCCUUUUUAUUGUUCAGUUCUACAUCUUUACUUCAACUUUUGCGACCUUCAUUAUCUCAGCCCUUCCGGAUGCCGAAACCGGUGGUACUAUCGCAACACUGAUGUUCAUCAUGACUCUCACAUUCAAUGGAGUCUUGCAGCCUCCUAGUGCCUUGCCUGGUUUCUGGAUAUUCAUGUACCGUGUUUCUCCGUUGACAUAUCUGAUUGCCGGUAUCACGGCAACCGGUCUGCAUGGGCGAAAGAUUCAAUGUUCUACCGCCGAGUUGAGCGUCUUUAACCCUCCAUCUGGGUUGACUUGUGGUGCAUACCUGAAUCCAUUCGUCACUGCGGCCGGUGAUCAGUACCUGGCUUCUAGUAAUAUCUACUAUAGCGAACGCUGGCGUAAUUUCGGCAUCGGUUGGGCCUAUAUUGGCUUUAACAUCAUGGGAACUGUGCUGAUGUACUACAUGUUCCGUGUCAAGCGUUACAACCCAACUUCGCUGAUACGGGGUAUCGGUAACUGCGGCUCACUCUUGUGCCGUGCUUUCAAGCGCCAUUCUGGAACGACUCCCAAGGGGAAGGAGGCAGACAAUGGCCGGCUGGUUUAG